AUGUCUAGCCCUCCACCAAGUUCUUCCCACCCGCCGCCGCUACACUCCGACGUCCCCGCCGUUCUCUCGCCGGCGGAGAUCACAACAGCCCUCCGCGAUCUCGCCACCACGGUCCAGGAGAUCCACCUCUACUUGGCCGGCCCCUACAGGCCGCCGCCGGCCGCGGCACCAGCCGCCACCACAGGGCUGUUGCUCCUGACGUGGCCGUCCCAGCCCCUUGUGGGCCCCGUCGCGGCCGUGGCCUCGCAGCGAGCAGCCGGCGCCGCCGCCACCCUGGUUGUCGUGGCCGUCCCAGCACCUCGCGGGCCCCGUCGCGGCCGUGGCCCCGCUGCAGCAGCAACAGCAGCUGUCGCCGCCGAUGCAGCUGCUGUCCUCACCGAUGAUGUCCCUGCCGUUCGGUGGGCAGCUGCAACAGCAGCAGCUGCUGCCGUCGCCACCAACACCGCAGCAGCGGCUGCUGCCGCCACCGAAACCGUCCCUGCCUUUCGGCGGUGUGGGAGCGACCUUGGCCCCGGGCACUACAUCGACACCGCCCGGGAUGCCCUUCCACCAGGGAACAGAAAGAGAAAACUUGAAAAUGAAGGUGAUUUCGCUGGAGGCCUUGGCUCAUGCUCCACCUCUUUUGUUGUCGCCGGAUCCUGGUUGAUGCCUAUCAAGAAGCUGAUGACAACUGACGAAGUGGAGCUGAUGAACGCGUGUUGUGCUGAUGGUGAGGCUCUCAAGAUCACAGCCCCGGAUCUUGCAAGGAUUCUGGUGGCCAAUGACUUGAUGAUGAUUGGAGAUGGUGAGUAG